AUGGCGACUCAAGAUCCCCACGUCAUAUCGCAGCUGGUGAAGACCCUGGAGACUGCCAGCAAGGCCAAAAAGGGCGAGACAAGGUUCACCUGCAAGAAGGGGUCCUUUACGGUGGCCAAUAAUAUACCCGUGGACUCGUGGAAGUUCCAGGACUGGGACUACAAGCGUGACGGCCUGCCGACAUAUGCACGAGGUAUUUUCACCACGAAACGGAAGGAUGGCACUCCCGAAAUUGCGACGCGCGGAUAUGACAAGUUCUUCAAUGUAGGCGAGACAAAGGCGACAGAGUGGCGCAACAUCGAGAAAAACACAAGGGGUCCUUAUGAGCUGAGUGUGAAGGAGAAUGGAUGCAUUAUAUUCAUAUCUGCUUUGGAGGGUGACAACUUGCUAGUCUGCAGCAAGCACUCGACUGGAGCUCGCGAGGAUACACCAGUCAGCCACGCACAGGCAGGAGAACGCUGGGUGGAACGCCAUGUCUCGUCUGUGAAUCGGUCCGUCAAGGACCUUGCCCGCACUUUGCGUAAGAUGAAUGUUACAGCCGUUGGAGAACUCUGUGACGACAGUUUCGAGGAGCAUGUGCUGGCAUACGAUGAAGCUUCUUCCGGCAUUUACCUCCACGGUCUCAACUACAACCAGCCGUACUUCCAUACGAUGUCUUGUGAAGAUGUGCACAAGUUCGCUGAUGAUUGGGGCUUCAAGAAGGCCAAGUUCGAGGUCUUUGAUGACAUCUUCAGAGUGCAGAGCUUCCUGGAAGGAUGCGCCGAGACAGGAACAUGGGCUGGACGUGAGACCGAGGGUUUCGUCAUCCGAUGCAACCUGAGCGACAACGGAACUGAGCCCUACCGGAAUUGGUUCUUCAAGUACAAGUUCGAAGAGCCGUACUUGAUGUACCGCCAGUGGCGUGAAUGCACCAAAGCCGUCAUCGGAGGGAAACAUCCAAAGAUCAGGAAGCAUGAGCAGAUCACCGAAGAGUACUUGCAGUUUGCUCGACGGGUUCUGAUGAAGGACUCUAAGAGGGCAACUGAUUACAUGAAUAACCACGGUAUCAUCGAGGAAAAGAAGCAGACCGAAUCGCAGAAGAUCGACAAAAAUGUCAUCCUCGAACCUAUUGCCUCGCUUGGAUGUGGAAAGACGACAGUCGCCUUGGCUCUGGUUAAGCUCUUCGGAUGGGGUCAUGUUCAGAACGACAACAUCCCCAAACAGAAGAACAAGCCGAAGAAGUUCGCUUUCGAGGUCAGCCAUGCUCUGGGAGAGCACAGUGCUGUCAUCGCCGAUCGCAACAACCACCAGCGGCGCGAACGUAAGCAGCUCAUGGAUGAUAUCUACCCUGUGCUCCCGGAUGCGCAGUUCGUCGCUCUGCAUUACGUCCACGAGCCCAAGGCAGACAUGCUCCCUGCCAUUCGAGAAAUCACUCGAAAGCGUGUGCUAGAGCGUGGCGAUAACCACCAGUCCAUCCGAGCUGGCACCAACGCUCAGGAUGAGACCGUCGGAAUCAUGGAGGGAUUCCUCGGCCGCUUCGAAGGCGUCGACACUACCCGCAGCCCAGACCAGGGCUUCGACCACGUCAUUGACCUCGACGUAUGCGCGGGGUCUCGCGAGAACCUCGAAACAGUCGUCAAAGCCCUACACGCGGCGUACCCGCGCCUAGUGCCAACCAUGCCAACAGAAACAGAACUCGACGAAGCCAUUGCCGCCGCUCUAAACGACUACACCGUGACAAAAGAUCUGAGCUACAGCUACGGCACUUCACAGAAGCAAAAGAACAAAAACAAAAACAACCAACAUAACGGCCCCAUCGUCCCUGAACCAACGGACUCCCCCUUCUCCCCAGAAGCCCUCGCCAAAAAGAUCGAAUACUUCAACAUCUCCAUCCCAGCAGCCGAAAUUACCACACUCCUCCACUCCCUCUUCCCACCAAUAACAUCCCCCGAAAAAGCCCGUCUCUACAACCAACUCGUAAACUCCCGCCGCCUCCAACCAACCUUCCACGUAACUCUCAUCCACCGCGCCUCGAAGAAAGACAAACCAGAGAUCUGGGAAAAUCUAGCAACCCGCUUUAUCGAGACGCAGACCAAAAACCCAGUCCAAAAUCCAAUCCAGAACCCGCCAACCCUGGGCUCCGCGCGCGUGCGCAUCGAGCGUCUGGUCUGGGAUAACCGCAUCAUGGCCUUUGUUGCGCGCAUCCUGCCCGCCGAGGGUGUCGAGACAGAGUCCGGUGUAGCUGAGUGGCCAUGCGCGAAUGCUAUUCCGCAUAUCACGGUUGGCACGGCGGCGCCGGAAGUUAAGCCGAAGGAGAGCAAUGAUUUGCUGCAGCGGUGGGUUGAGGUUGGGUCUGGUGGGGAUACUGGCAUUUUUGAGGCGGAGGUUGAGGGUGUUAAGGUCGUUGGUGGUGUUGUUGGGUUGGUUAUGAGCCGGGGAAAGUAG